AUGACAUUGUACUGUGACAAUUUCAGUGCUAUCAACAUAUCCAAGAAUCCAAUUCAACAUAGCAGAACCAAGCAUAUUGAUAUCAGACAUCACUUCAUAAGAGAACUUGUAGAAGACAAAGUGAUUUACUUGGAACAUGUAUCCACUGAACUUCAGCUAGCUGACAUAUUCACCAAAUCUCUUGAUGCUACACAAUUUGAAAACUUGAGGAGCAAGUUAGGAUAUUCAUUCAAAUACCCCUCUCCUAAGAAUGCAUCUGACUCGGACCCAAGAACUCCAAAUAUCAACCCUAAUGAAGUUCUUGCAGUUGCUCCUCUAAGAGUGGUGUCCGCUGAAGAUCUUCGUGUGAAGAAGCCUCGCUCUCCAUAUGCAAGAAAACCAAAAGAAGAUGUACGUGGCAAGACCUCUAACCCCUCGUCGUUUAUUGAUCUUGAGAACCUGACAAAGGAAGGAUCACAGUAUACUCAUCAAACUAUUGCACAAAUAGUCAUUAGAAUCUUGGAUGAACAACGUCAAGUUCCUGGGAUUUAUGUACCUCUACAGACUGUUAUCCCUGACUCCACUCAGAACCCUAACCUAAAUGUUGCUCAAGAAGAUGAAGAUGUGAGUAUGGAUGCUGAUGAGGUUCAUGAGACGAAUGAUGAUGAUGUUCAGGUGACUCAUAAAGAAAAGAAUGUUGAAGCUGCUGAUGUUGCUAAGGAUGUCACUGACACCACUGAGGAUGGUCCCAAUGUUGAUUCAGGUAAAAAUGUUGUUGCUCUAGAUGAAUUCUCUGAUAAUGAUCUGGUUGCAAAUGUAAAUCCCAGCGUAGCAAAAAGGCUCAUGACCAGGAAGGGUAAGAAAGUAGUUGAUCAGAGUCCUCCCAAGAGGAGAGUACCAAAGACUACUUCAACUGGACCCAUCAGAAGUAAAGUUGUGUCCAAGAGUACCUCUACUGGCCCUAGUAAGAGUAAGACUGUAUUUCAGAGUGUUCCUGUUGGACCUUCAAAGUCUUGGAGCAAAGUUAUUCCAAAGAAGAGGAAAGCUCAAGUCAUGGACGACUCUGAUUCUGAUGUUGAAGUGGAUGUUCAAGACAUUCCACUAAAGAAGAAGCCUACUUUCAGCAAGCUUGCUGCUAACGUCCCUGAUGUGCCCCUAGACAAUAUUUCUUUCCAUUCUACUUCAAGUGUCAACAGGUGGAAAUAUGUCUACCAAAAGAGACUGGACCUUGAGAGAGAAUUAGCUCAGAAUGCUGUUGACUGUAAAUAUAUAAUGGAACUGAUUCAUGUUGCUGGGUUGAUGAAGACUGUUGCUCACUUUGCAACAUGCUAUGAAGUGCUGGUGAAAAAAUUCAUUGUGAACCUCUCAGAAGAAUUUGCUAAUAGAAAGUCUAAGGAAUUUAGGAAGGUGUAUGUGAGGGGCAGGUGGGUUACCUUUUCUUCCAUUGUGAUAAAUAAUUAUUUGGGGAGGUCUGAAGAAGCUCAACUUAAGUUGGAUGUCUCUGAUAACAAGGUGUGCCAAGUCAUCACUGCCAACCAGGUCAAGAGAUGGCCUUUAAAAAGGAAGCUGUCAGCUAGUAAGCUAAGCAUGAAGUAUUCCAUGUUGCAUAAGAUUGGUGCUGCAAAUUGGGUGCCUACCAAUCAUAAAUCUACCAUUGCUACUGUCCUAGAAAGUUUAUAUAUGCUGUUGGAACCAAGACAAAGUUUGACUAUGUACCCAGGCAUUUUGGUUGAAAUUGACUCUAUCUGCAAAAGGGAAAGUGCUAUUUCAUUUCAUUAUAAACUGUUUCAAGGAACCCAUGCUCAUGACGUUGCCAUGACAUCAGCUGGGACAUCCAAAGGAAGCUCCACUACAGGUAAAGUUGUAGUGGUUGCAAUGCUCAAGGAAACAUGCAAGGAGGUGCUGAGUUUAUUGAGAAUGAAGAAGCGGGUCCUGAGGCAGAUGAUGAAUAGGAGGCUGGUUCAGAUGAGGUGGAAGAAGAGGCCAAUCCUGAUGAUGGCAUUGAUGAAGACAGUUCUGGUGGUUUUGAAUCUGAAGACUAGAACUGCUGUUAAUGGUGAUGUCUUUUGUGGAUUUUAA